CCAAAACCCUACUUCUUAAAACCCCUGUCUCCAUUUCUCAACUCUCUCACUGUAUUUCUCACAGUUCAGAAACAGAGAGUUAGAGAGAGAGAGAGAGAUAGAGAGAGAGAGAGAGUCUGGAUUAUUAUCACCCACCGUUACCUCCAUUUCCAUGGAUUAAUGAGCUCAAUGAAAAUCUGAGUAAAAUUGAUUAUGGCAAAAAAGAAGUCAAAUAACAGGCGGCGGAAGUGUAAUCAGGAGGCCGGAGAUGGAGUGAAUUCCGGUGGAAUUCAUAAUUCGAGGAGCAGCGGCGCCGAAUUGAAGGGGAAGAGCAAGCAGCGGCUAUUUAUGAACGACAGUGAUUACAGGCUGCGGCUGCAGGAGGUUCUGUACACUCCGGAGCACAUUGUCACCAAAAUUUUCCGCAAGGAAGGUCCCCAGCUCGGUGAUCAGUUCGAUUCUCUCCCGUCCAAUGCCUUCUCCGCCGAUCCCAGAAAGUCACAUCAUGAAGAUAACCAGCGUCCCCAUAAAAGGAGAAAGGUUUCUACACAUGCCAUUUUAGACUACCAAACUUGUUGUGAGAACAAUUCACAUGUGAAGAGACGUGGUAUUGGAAAAGGCCCAAUGACCGCAAGUGGUGCUCCAAUAAAGAAACAUGGCAUGGGUAAAGGUUUAAUGACUCAGAAGGGUGUUAACGGGAAAACCCAUGGCAUUGGUAAAGGUUUGAUGACAGCUGCGCGAGGUACAAAUCCCGAUGCAAGUGAUUUUCCUUAUGUUGCUUACUGCAGGCAGAGCGCCACUCAGAAGAAGAAAAGAGUACAACCACGAGAAUCUAUUAUGAGAAAAUUGGCAAGCAAAGAAAAGGCGAAGAGGAAAGCUCCUCUGAGAAGUAGAAAGGUGGAAUGCCAGAAAGUUCAAAAGCGGAAGAAGCCUCGUAAUGAAAAUUGUGAACUUGCUCUUGAAGAUGUAAAAUGUCUAGAAAACACAGAACAGUUUGCGAUGUUACAGGAGGAUGAGGAACUAGAGCUUAGAGAAUUACAAGCAGGACCUAAUCCGUUAUCUUGUUCUGCUCAUUUUGCAACCAAUGAUUCACAUGGUUGUUCACUUUGCAAAGAUUUGCUUGCCAAGUUCCCUCCAAAUUCUGUCACAAUGAAGCUACCAUUGUCUGUGCAACCUUGGGCUUCCUCGCCUGAGCUAGCGAACAAACUUUUUAAGGUAUUCCAUUUUCUUUGCACAUAUGCUGUAACAAUCAGCAUAUAUUCGUUCACCUUGGAUGAGUUUGCACAAGCAUUUCAUGAUAAGGAUUCAUUGUUGCUUGGGCAAGUCCAUCUGGCCCUUCUGAAACUGCUUUUGUCAGAUGUUGACAAGGAGCUGAGUAGAGGGUUUUCCUCUCAUGCUAGCAAAAACUGCAAGUUUUCGAGUUUGCUUCAUACGCUUGAAAACCAUGACAUUGCUCUAGAGUUCUGGCAGAAGUCAUUGAACUCCUUAACAUGGACAGAAGUACUACGUCAGGUAUUGGUUGCAGCUGGAUUUGGUUCUAAGCUUAAUAUGACCAGGACGGCAGUUUGCAACAAGGAAGUCAGUCUUAUGGAUAAGUAUGGAUUAAGUCCUGGUACAUUGAAGGGAGAACUAUUCAAUAUAUUAUCGACCCAAGGAAAUAGUGGAAUGAAAGUCUCAGAGUUGGCAAAAUCUUCAGUUAUUGUUGAGUUGAAUCUCACGGAUACACUCCACGACCUAGAGGAUUUAAUCGCCUCAGCUCUCUCGGGAGAUAUAACAUUGUUCGAAAAGAUUUCCUCAUCUGGAUAUCGUUUACGAAUCCAUGCAGCUGAAAAAGAAUCUGAAGAUUGUGAAGACAUGGGGAGUGGAGAUGACAUUUCUGAAGUCACUGGUGGAAAUGAUUCUGAUUAUGAGUCUGGGGAUUCGAGUCCAUCCAAUAUUGAUGUCAAUAAAUGCAACACUAAUGUUAUGUCAGUUUACGAUGAAAUUGAUGAGAGCCAUCCUGGAGAAGUGUGGUUGUUAGGACUAAUGGAAGGUGAAUAUUCAGAUUUAAGCAUUGAAGAGAAACUCAGUGCCCUAGCAGCAUUGAUUGAUCUACUUCGCGCUGGAUCCAGUGUCAGAAUGGAGGAUCCCUUGUCAUCAAGUGCGGAAUGUCUUCCCAACAGCCACCAGCAUGGUUCUGGUGCAAAAAUAAAGAGAUCGAUGGUGAAGCAGUGCAACCCCCUUGGGGUAUUGGGAAACCUUGGUGGGCAAAUGUCUAAUGGAGCUGCUGUAAAUGCACCAGAACCAAUUGAUUCUUUGGUUCCUAUGUCAAAAAUCGGCGAGGAAGAGAAGUAUGCUAGUAUGAAUAAAAUUGCAGAGCAAAUGGAAGCAGAGAGCUAUAUACAUCCUAUGCAGUCUAUCUUUCUGGGUUCUGAUCGUAGGUACAAUAGAUACUGGUUAUUCUUAGGCCCUUGUGAUGAUUAUGAUCCUGGACACAGGAGGAUUUACUUUGAAUCUUCCGAAGAUGGCCACUGGGAGAUGAUUGAUUCUAAAGAGGCUUUGUAUACUUUGUUGUCGGCUCUGGAUCGCCGGGGUGUGCGGGAGGCUCGGCUUAUAGCUUCCUUGGAAAAAAGAAAAUCAACUCUAAGCCAAACAAUGUCUAAUAUGCCAGAUGAUGGUGAAAAUAGGCAAUCUGGAUUAAAUACUUCUAGGGAAGCUAGUUCCUCACCGGUGUCUGAUGUAGACAACCGAUUGAACUCGAGUGAGAUGCAAAAUGAACUCCCUUCUUCUACUGGCGCAACAGCAAUUGCUGAAUCUGGGAAGAAAGGAGAACAGCUGGCAGAAAUAUCUCGCCGCUCCCAAUCUUUUGAUACAUGGAUAUGGAAGUCAUUCUACUGUGAACUCAAUACGGUUAAGCAUGGAAAUAAGGCUUAUCUUCACUCACUCAAAAGAUGUGAUCAAUGUCAGGACUUGUAUUGGAAAGAUGAAAAGCAUUGUAGAAUUUGCCAUACAACAUUUGAGCUUGAUUUUGACCUGGAGGAAAGAUACACCGUUCAUUCAGCAGUUUGUCGGGCCAAUAUUGAUGUUAAUAAGUGCCGAAGGAAAAGAGUUUUAUCGUCCCAAUUGCAGGCACUCAAAGCUGCAAUCUAUGCAAUUGAGUCAGCUAUUCCUGAAGAUGCCCUGUUAGGUUCUUGGAAAAGAUCUUCUCAUAAUCUAUGGAUAAAUAGGUUACGACGAGCCUCUAAUUUGAGAGAGUUUCUACAGGUCCUUGCUGAUUUUGUUAAUGCUAUCAAUGAAGACUGGUUUUAUCAACACUAUAGUGCCUCAGACGAAAUAAUUUCAAACUUUUCAACCGUGCCGCAAACAUAUUCUGCAGUUGCACUUUGGUUGGUAAAAUUGGAUUUGUUGGUUGCUCCUCAUGCCGAAAGCGGCCAUUCUCAGAAUAAACCUGAAAUGGUUAACAGAAUGGAAGGUACCCUUGUCACCAGUUAACAGACUCCACCUGGAACGGAGACAAAAACGAGAGGUACUAUUAUGAUCAUUGUAUGAUCCAGUUUAGUUUUGAACAAGCAGUUUCGAGCAUUCUUUUCAAUUCUGAAGAGAAUCAUAGAGCAUGUGCGAUUAUUGUUUCUACAGCGUUAGGCGGGGGGUUCCUUCAGUUUUGAUUCAAAAAUUUUGAUCGAGCGUUAGUGUUUGUGUGUAAAUAUUAUUCUGUGUCGGUUACACAGACAGUUGUUUUAUAUUAGAUGCAGUGGAACGAGAAGAAAACGUUCUUGAUUGUAAAUGAAAUUAGUUAACAAAA